UAAAAUGUUUGACGGCUCCCUCCUGCCUCUCUUAUUUCCUUUCCUGCUGCUCUGGGGACUGGACACCACCACAGCCGGCGGCGCGGAGCUGGAAGUGGCCAUCCCGCAGCGAGUGGCGCUGGAGAAGAUCCACCUGCUGCAGCCGGCCGGGGCCGGGCACGGGAGCAGCCCCCGGCGCCGGCGCUCGCCGCCCGAGGAGGAGGCCGUGCUGCUCCGCCUGCCGGCCUCCGGCCGGGAGCUCUACCUGCACCUCCGGCGGGACCUGCACUUCCUCGCGCGGGGCUUCGCGGUGGAGGAGCCGGGAGAGGCCCGGGCCCGCAGCCGCCCCCCGGCCGAGCAGCUCUGCUUCUACACGGGCCACGUGCUGAACCGCAGCGACUCCUUCGCCUCCGUCAGCACCUGCGCCGGGCUGAUUGGCUAUAUCCAGAUUGGAACAGAACAGCUGCUAAUACAACCUGUAAAUAUCUCGGAGACCUCAUUCAAUGGAAGAGAGCAUUUCAUCAGGCACAAACGAUCCUCAAAAUCCACCUAUCCUGCUAAGUCCCAGGUCCCUGCCGAGCACUGCAAAGUCGUAUCAGAAAAGAAGAGACAAAAGAAGAUGAAACCAGCGAAUGACUGGAGAGAGCGAAGAAAUGCCAUCCGACUCACCAAUGAGUAUACAGUAGAAACCCUGAUAGUGGCUGAUGCUGAUAUGGUGCAGUACCAUGGUGCUGAGGCAGCCCAAAGGUUCAUCCUCACAGUUAUGAACAUGGUGUACAAUAUGUUUCAGCACCAGAGCCUCGGAAUUAAAGUCAGCAUUCGAGUGACCAAGCUAGUCCUCCUUCGAAACCGUCCUGCAAAACUGUCCAUUGGGCACCAUGGAGAGAGGUCUCUGGAGAGUUUUUGCCACUGGCAAAAUGAAGAGUAUGGUGGAGCAAAGUAUCUUGGUAAUAAUCAGGUUCCUGGUGCAAGAGAUGAUACCCCUCCUGUGGACGCUGCUGUCUUUGUUACCAGGACAGAUUUCUGCGUACACAAAGACGAACCCUGUGACACAGUGGGGAUCGCUUACCUGGGAGGUGUAUGCAGUGCCAAGAGGAAGUGUGUCCUUGCUGAAGACAAUGGUCUCAAUCUGGCAUUUACCAUAGCACAUGAACUUGGGCACAACCUGGGGAUGAGCCAUGAUGAUGAUCAUUUGUCCUGCGCAGGAAGAUCUCACAUAAUGUCUGGAGAAUGGGUGAAGGGCAGGAACCCCAGUGACCUUUCGUGGUCUUCCUGCAGCCGUGAUGACCUUGAAAACUUCCUAAAGUCCAAGGUGAGCACCUGUUUGCUGGUAACAGACCCCCGAAGCCAGUAUGCCCUGCGGCUUCCCCACAAGCUGCCAGGGAUGCACUACAGCGCCGAUGAACAGUGCCAGAUCCUAUUCGGGACCAAUGCCACUUUCUGUAAGAAUAUGGAGCAUUUGAUGUGUGCAGGGCUGUGGUGCUUGGUGGAAGGAGACACGUCUUGUAAAACCAAGCUGGAUCCCCCUCUGGAUGGCACAGAAUGUGGCGCAGACAAGUGGUGCCGAGCUGGGGAAUGCGUCAGUAAAACUCCCAUUCCUGAGCACGUCGAUGGAGACUGGAGCAUGUGGAGUCAAUGGAGCAUGUGCAGCAGGACAUGUGGCACCGGUGCCCGAUUCAGACAGCGGAAAUGCGACAAUCCCCCCCCUGGGCCAGGAGGCAAGAACUGCCGGGGAGCCAGUGUGGAACACACAGUUUGUGAAAAUUUACCCUGCCCUAAAGGAGCGCCUAGCUUCAGGGACCAGCAAUGCCAGUCUCAUGACAGAUAUAUCAACAAGAAGAAAAGCCUCUUGACAGCUGUCAUCAUUGAUGAUAAGCCGUGUGAACUCUUCUGCUCUCCUCUGGGGAAGGAGUCUCCUGUGCUGGUGGCAGACAGGGUUCUUGAUGGUACUCCGUGUGGGCCUUAUGAGACUGACCUCUGCGUACAUGGCAAGUGCCAGAAGAUCGGCUGCGAUGGGAUCAUUGGCUCAGCUGCCAAAGAGGAUCGUUGUGGAAUCUGCAACGGAGAUGGCAAAACCUGUAAAGUGGUGAAAGGAGACUUCAACCACACCAAGGGGAUGGUCACCAAUAGUCAUUGUAAGAAGGUUUCCACGUGUGUGAUGGCAAAGGCAAAGGCUGUUCCCAAGUGUUUCUCAUGUUAUAUUGAAGCAGCUGUGAUCCCUGCGGGUGCUCGACGGAUCCGAGUGGUGGAGGAUAAACCAGCCCACAGUUUUCUGGCUUUAAAAGAUUCCAGUAAGAGGUCCAUUAACAGCGACUGGAAAAUUGAGCUUCCUGGUGAGUUUCAGAUCGCAGGCACUACUGUCCGGUACGUGCGAAGGGGUCUAUGGGAGAAAAUGUCUGCCAAAGGACCAACUAAAAUACCACUGCACUUGAUGGUGCUGUUAUUUCACGACCAGAAUUAUGGAAUUCAUUACGAAUACACCAUUCCUGUCAACUAUACUGCCGAAAACAGAAGCGAGCCAGAAAAACAACAGGAUUCUUUGUACAUCUGGACACACAGCGGAUGGGAAGGAUGCAGUGUGCAGUGUGGAGGAGGUGAACGUAAAACCGUUGUAUCCUGUACUAGGAUCGUUAACAAGACCAUGAUGCUGGUGAAUGACAGUGACUGCCAGCGUGUGAUGCGCCCUGAACCUCAAGUCAGGAGAUGUAACACACACCCCUGCCAGUCACGGUGGGUGACAGGCCAUUGGAGUUCUUGCUCUGCCACCUGCGAGAAAGGCAUCCAGUACCGGGAAGUGACUUGUGUUUAUCAGUUGCAGAAUGGCACCUAUGUUAACACCAGAGACCUCUACUGCCUGGGCAACAAACCCACACCAGUACAAAGCUGUGAAGGCCAGGACUGCCUUUCUAUCUGGGAGGCUUCAGAAUGGUCAAAGUGCUCAGCAGACUGCGGCAGAGGAAUCCAGAAGAGAACAGUAAUGUGCACGAAUUCUCAAGGGAAAUGCGAUGCAGCCACCAGGCCGAGGGACGAGGAAGAGUGUGAGGAUCACACAGGCUGUUAUGAGUGGAAAACAGGGGAUUGGUCUAAGUGCUCCUCAACCUGCGGGAAGGGCCUCCAGUCACGUGUGGUGCAGUGUAUGCACAAAGUCACCGGCCGCCAUGGCAACGAGUGCCCUGUCCUAUCCAAGCCAGCAGCCUACAGGCAGUGUCACCAAGAGGUCUGCAAUGAGAAGAUAAAUGUCAACACAAUUACCUCGCCCAGACUUGCUGCUCUCACAUAUAAGUGUACAGGAGACCAGUGGACAGUGUACUGCAGGGUGAUCCGUGAGAAGAACCUGUGCCAGGACAUGAGAUGGUAUCAACGCUGCUGCCAGACAUGCAGAGACUUUUACGCAAACAAGAUGCAGCAGAAGAGUUAAUGAAUUGGUGCUGCAGCUUAGGGUAUUACAGCUGUUUCUAUGUAAAUCACGAACUAGUAGCUCUGAGUACUGGAACUUAAUGAGUUGCUACAAUGUGGUGGAUUCCAAAGCAUACCUAAUAAGACUUGAAACUAACUCUGCAGACUGGAUAUACCAAAGUAAUCCACUCAUCCACCUUAAAAAGAGUCAUCUCAAGGAGCCAAUCACGUAGAAUUUUAUUGCGUUUUGACAUCAUUACAUUUUUCAUUAAUGCUUUUUACUUUAAUAUGUUAUUACCAGCCACUGGAUGGCUUGCUACCAUUUAAAAAAAAAAAAAAGACAAGAGUUGCAACAUGAUUAAAUUGACUAAAGUCAUGUGUACCUCAGUGGGAGAAAGCCUCUGGCAAAUAACUCAGCAAACGUGCAGACAUUACUUAAUGCUUCAACCUUGGCUUCCAUCUGAUGCUCUUAAUUCCCAACAGUUAGCAUGCUGUGGGGUGGGCUUGGAGGGACACACACAAAUGAAAUGCUUAAUUUAAAAGGGGGAUUUGCUAUAAAAGCUUGUGAAAACCUAUAGCAGGGGAUGGAUGUCUGUGAAAUUUCUGCAGAAAGCUCAGCACAGUUUUAUCCAACAUUCCAUUUAAUGUAAUUAAAAAAAAACUAAUUGGGAAUUUCUUCUCCUGUCUGGUUCUGAAAACAUAUCCCCCUCUCUUUAUUUAAAAAAAACAUGUGUUUUCUUUUAUGAUGCCUUACUCUUCUCAUUGAGUUUAAAGAAAUGGAAACUAAUUAACCCAGGAGCAGACAGUUAAUUUUAAGCUAGAACCACUUGCAUGAGAUGGAAGUAGCUGGAAAUAAUUUAAACAUAUACGGUUUGUUGGGGAGGGGUUAUUUAACCUCCUCUUUCCAAUUUUUGGAAUUCAAUCUGAUAAUGAGACAGAAUGCUAUUUCUUAAGGGUAUUGUGAAACCAACUAGGGUUGGCACAUACCUGAAACAGAGAUCAGAACAGCAUUUGCAGGAAGGGUAACUUAGAGACCAAGCACAUCUUUCCUCUCUCUAGGAUGUAUACUUCAUAAAUCCUUUUGAGACAGAAAGAAAGCAGUUAGUAGACUUUCAGGGUGACAUUCUGGGCUAAUUGAAGCCAAAAUGGCAAAACUUAUAUUGCCUUCAGUAGGGCCAGGGUUUCACACUCAGGCUAUGCCUACACUGGCAAUUGAACGACAAAACUUUUGUCUUUCAGAAAAAAACAACCCAAAAGACAAAAGUUUUGCCAGCAA